AUGAACACAGUUUCCAUGAUCCAUUCAAAGAGCAAGUUCCAAAACCAAUUUUAUUUGGUCAAGACGGAUCAGUCGUCUACCCCUUCAAGGAUGAGAACGGACAUCAAUACUUCGAUGUAUGUUCUUGCACUGCUUGCAAAGCGGACUUCUAAGAGUCUGGCGAAGAAAUCCGCUAAAGAUGAAGAAAAAAAGAAAGAUCCUCUUUACAAGAGAUAUCUCGAGAGUUAUCCCACUGUCGGACCGUUAGGUGACGACAAAUAUGAUUUUAUUGUCCAAGACUCAGAGAAAAGAGAAAAACCAACAAUCAUGAUGAUGCAAGCAAACAAUUUCCCUCCACCUGAAGAUUUCACCAAAGACGAUAUCGCUCAUAGUCCAAAGAUCCUCACAAGAGCCAUCAACUCUACUGGACCUGACCAGCUAAGCCAAGCAGAAAAGGUUCUCAAUUGGUAA